UCUGUUAAUAGAAGAAGGUCGGCACCAAAAUUUUAUCUGCUCGCAAUCGUCCUCAGUUCUAAGUGACCAUGUGCCAAAUUGCGUUAAAUCAUCCAUAGUUUUGUCUACUAGCAAUCGGUCCUUCAACAUCUUCUACUACUUCACCUGAACCAAUAAUCUUAAAUUUGCUUCAAAGUUUAUCAUUUGUUCUGAAUAAGGUACGUUUUCUCCCUAAUGUUCUAUUAUGUUUUUGCUUUCCUCUAAUUAGUUUAUCUUUAACUUUAUAUUUUCUCAAGUUGCUUAAUAGUUUGGCUAUACUUUCUAGGAAAAUGGCACCUAAUAAACAAUGGAUUAAUCUUUCUAAAAUUGAUAGAUUAGAUAAAGAAUACGGAGAUGGGAUUGAACCGUUCAUAAGUUAUGCUUUUAGGAAUAAAACUGAUGAGCAUAAAGUACGAUGCCCAUGUGUUAGGUGUAAUAAUACAUUUUCUGCAAAUCGUAAAAUGAUUCGAUCGCAUUUAAUAGUUUAUGGAAUAAUGGAGAGUUAUACUUUUUGGUAUCAUCAUGGUGAAAGAGUUGGUGAAUCUGAGAUCGAUAAAGAAGAAUCAGAAGAUUUUGAAAAUGCCGAGGAAAUUGAAGAAAUCAUAAGAGAUCUAUCUCCUACUAUGAAUGAAAGUGAAUUUGGCAAUCACUCCUCAAAUUGUGAAGUGAAUGAAGAGAAUCCCAAUUCUGAAGCAUUGAAAUUUUAUAGGCUCUUGAAAGAUUUAGAUGAAGAAGUUUACCCUGGUUGCAAGACCUCAAAAUUAGCAGCAAUGAUCAAACUGUUACACAUUAAAAGUCUCGGUCACUGGACUAAUAGAUCAUUUGAUAUGUUUGUAAAAUGGGUAGUUGAAAUACUCCCAACUGGUUCCACGUUGCCAAAAUCUUUUUAUGAAGCAAAACAGAUUGUAAAGGAUUUAGGUCUCUCCUACAAAAAAAUAGAUUCAUGUAUCAAUAACUGCAUGCUCUAUUGGAAAGAAGAAGAAAAUUCCAACUUGUGCAAAAUAUGUGGCAGUUCUAGGUGGAAGGAAAAUAGUUACGCCUUCAACAUCUCACGAUGAGGAUAUUUUUAUCAGAAGAUUUCAUGAGAAUUACAGAGCGAUCACGUCCGAGAGUAGAUAGUCAUAAUCUCGUCAUAUGUGUACAUAUUUUGAUUUAAUAGAUAGAAACAGUUAUUGGAUGAAAGUUUUAUUUU